GCUUUGCCUUCUUCAGGUUCUCAAAAAAGAAAAAGGAAAGAGUUUCGGCUUCGUUGCCUUCAGCCUUCCAACCCUCGUUUGACCCUUGUCGUCUGCGGGCGCCGCCGAGACCCAAGGGAUCGAUCCCCUCCCAAUGGCCACCGAUACGUACGUCACCGACGUGACAUUCGAAGAGAACGUGAUCAUCACCACCGUCACGUCCUCCGGCGUGGCCGUGGAGGGCUGGCUCCGUGAGAUCCGCUCCUUCCUCGGAGACCUCGUCGUCGGGCUCGACGUCGAGUGGCGCCCCAGCCGCUGCAGCUCGCAGAACCCCGUCGCGCUCCUGCAGCUCUGCGUCGGGCACCGCUGCCUCAUCUUCCAGCUCCUCCACGCCGACUUCGUCCCCCCGGCCCUGUCGGAGUUCCUCGCGGACCUCAACGUCCGCUUCGUCGGCGUCGGCGUGCAGGACGACGUCGAGCGCCUGAGCGAUGACCACGAGCUCAACGUGGCCAACGCGAAGGACCUGCGCGAGCUCGCGGCGGACGGGUUUCACAUGCCUGAGCUCCGCCAGGCCGGGCUGCAGGCCAUCGCGCGGACCGUCAUGGGAGCCAACCUUCAGAAGCCGCAGAGGGUGAGGAUGGGCCCGUGGGACGCCUACUGCCUCUCCCACGAGCAGAUCAAGUACGCCUGCAUCGACGCAUUCGUCUCCUUCGAGAUCGGCCGGAAGCUGCUCACCGGCGACUAUCCUCCAAUGGGUUAAUUCUCUAGCUAUUUAGUUCUCGGUCUCGUAACAUUUGGCAAGUCUAUUUAGUAGUUUAACUGUGUUGGAAGAAUCAGAAAUUGGUGCUGAUGAUUGAUUAGAACUAGUUUAUCAUAUCUAGCUUCAGAGCAGGGGAAAAAUUGUGGCUACGAUUCGGCGAGCAUUAAGCCUUUAUGCCAAUCGAGACUUAAUUUUUCAGCACAACUGUGCGGUUUUAGUGGACUAUCAGAUAUUUUGUUAAUGUGCUUAAUGUCAGUCAUGCUUUCAGUUAUCACCGAUUGGAUGUUGCAAAUUUCCAUUAGCUCGUUGCUAUUAUGA